UGUAAACAAAUACUAGUACCACUAGCAAGUGGUAAAAUAUUCUUUCCAAAUGUCUAAGGAAAUGCACAAAUUAAAAAUUCUGUUGGUUGGACCAUGUGCUGUAAGCUAGUCUUAUCCAUAACUAUUCUGCGUGCUCCAUUUCUAGAAGAAUGUUGUACAGUUUCCUUAGCUUACUGUAAUGUGUCGUUUUCAGUGCGGAAAGACAACAGUCGCGAAUUUUCUGUCAGAUGCCACAGAAAAUUUGGGAGGAGAUUAUCAUCCUACACAAGGCGUCCGAAUAUUAGAAUUUGAAGUACAGAGUCUGAAUGUAAAUAACAAGCAUGUGAAAGCAGAAAUUGAAUUAUGGGACUGUAGUGGUGAUCACAAAUUCGAAACAUGUUGGCCAGCAUUUCAACGUGAUACUCAAGGUGUAGUGUUUGUUUACAAUCCAAUUGUAGCAGAUCAUGCAAGAGAACUGGAACUGCUGUACAAUUACUAUGUUACUCAGACAGAUUUAACAUCUAAACACAGUCUUGUCUUAGCUGUCAGCAAAAGUGAAAAAGAUGGAAAACCUGCUGCAAAAUUGUCAAGUACAUUUUCUAGAGUUAUGCAGGUGGCAACAAAUGUUGAAGAAAAUGGAAAUCGAUUAAGAGUGGAAUUUAAUAACUUCUUAGUGAAUGUAUUGGGUGGAUUGAGAGAUCGAAAUGAGCAAGAAGAACUGAAUAUCAUAAACACACAACCUCCAUCGUUAUAAUUUAAAUUUCCAUGAAAUAAAAUAGCUACUGUAAUUUAUCACGAUCCAUGCAUACAUAAAAUUUUUAUUUUAUAAGAUACUAAUUUAAGUGGCAUGCACAUUUAGGGAUACAAAGGAAUACUGCUAAUGGAUAGAAAGGGUAAGUGUUCAUAAAGCUAUACAGUUAUCUGUUAUGAAGAAUAUAAUUGCAACAAAAGAAAUAUACUGAAUAACAUAAUUAUGUAAAAUUCAGUACAAUGAAUACUUUCUACAGAGGCGAGUUUUUAAUAUAAUCUGACUUAACCUAACCUCUGUGAAUAACAAUCUUUGUAUCAAUAAAGGGGAAAAAAUUAAAUCAAGCAUUAUAUUUAUUAAAUUAAUCAGAGGCUCCUUCUGAAUUAUAAGUCAGAUUAAGCCUUUUAACACACCAUAAAUGUUGAAAAUGGAAACAAGAAAAGAAUUGAGCAACCAGAACUACAGUAUCAUUUCAGUCUUUUUGCAUUCAAAUUACAAAGAAUGCUACACCAAACUUGUGGUUAAAUUCAUAAUAUUUAACCCUACAAACUGGAAAGGACACUAUUUACAAUCUGAGGCAAAACAUGACAGAAAGGCAGAAUAUCAACUUACACUAUAAAACAACAAACAACACAAUAUAUAUAUUUACAUACUUCACUAUUAGAUAAUUACUGUGGUAAUUUGUAUUUGUUAAUGACAUUCACACAAAUUAAGAUGUACUUAAAUUUCUAAUUUCAUACAGCAAAUGGCAACAUUUUCUUAAAAUUAAUGAAAAGUCAUAGCUGCCUUAAUGACACAACUACAAAGUUUGAGAUACCUAUAGAAAUUUUUGCUACAAAGAAAACUAUUUUAAUGCACAUGCAUAUAUUUACAUAAUUGAAUCUAUGGUAAAAAAUCUAAUUGUUAAUUGCAUUGUACAAUACCAACAACUACCAUACAUAUCUCAUAUUGUAACCUGACAUUUGGAUUACAUUUGUUUUAAUACUUCAAAAUGUGGUAUAUGUUUCAAAUGCUUUUACUCUGGUCUCAGCUAACUUAUAACAAAAAAUUUGGGUUUGUGUUUAGAAUUGUAAAGCUAUCUGAGAACAGGGAAUCGUACAUGUGCCAAAUAUCACAAUCUGAUUCUCAACAAUUCGUUAAUUAAUAUUUUAUUUAACACUUUAUCGAAGACUCUUAUACUUUCAGUAACUGGAAUUUAUAGCUGUCUAAUUUCAACAUCUAAAAUGAGAUAAAUUUUUUCAUCACAUCAAGAAUUAAAUGUCACCAUAACAGCAAAUAUUUCUAUAAUACAUCUAUUUGCAAGAUGCACCCAACAAUUAAUGCAGCAAUUGAAGUCUUCAAAUGCAAUACAGAUUCCUAAUAUUAUAAUUAACAAUUUUUGAAACAAGCCUGUUUCAGGGAAAAAGAAAAUUAUAACUUCAUUUUAGAUGUUUUUUGAACAGGAAAUAACAAAUGUGUUUAUGCUCUUAGGUAGUAAAAACACAUGUAUGUUGUAUGUUACUACUACUUUAUAGAAUAAUGUUUUAUCUUAAAUCAUCCAAAAAUAAACUGACCUAUAUAGAACUGCAACAUGUUCAAUGAUCUAGAAGUUUUCAUUUAUAAAAAAUAGAUUUGUGGUUGUAGUAUACUUCUAGGCAUGUGUGAAUAUUUUUAUAUAUUUCGACUUCAAAACUAAAAUAUUUUCUAAACUACUCAGAACAAAUAAAGUAAUUUGGGUCUAAUAAUCAUGCAUUCUAUUUUCAACUAUAGCAACAGCUCUAAUGAAACUUAAUGUAGAAAUUUUUAAUUAUAAAUAACAGCCAAAAUCAGCAGCUUCUACGGGAAUAUAUUAGCCCAAACAUCUAGUAAGAAGGAAAAGAGGCUAAUACAAAUUUUAAUGGCAUCGAUUCAUAAUAAUUCAUACUAAUUUAAAAGUAUAUUUUAAAUAAACAAAUUUAUGCAAAUUUGAAAACACAAAUGUUUAAAAAAACAAAGGUGUAAUACUUGAAUAGUUACUUAAGAAAUCGACACAUUGCCAAAGUUUAAAAUUACACUGUAAGUUCUUUCUUUUCACUAAAUUAGUACAAUAUUGUAGCAGUAAUGUAAACAUUUAAAGCUUUUAUAAUUACUACAAAAGAUUUCAAAAUUCAUACAGCAAAAUGAUACUCUUUAAGAAAAUGAAGUGCAAUUCCACAUGAAUUGCUGUAAAAAUAUUCAUUUAUUUGUGAAUGUUUCAUAUAUAAUAUUUAAAACAGACCUGCUUGUGAACUGAAAGAAUCUUUCCACAAGUAAACAAUACUUGCUUAAGGUUUGAUCUAACAUACAGAGUUUCAGCUUUCAUAAUUUCUGUAUUGUAAAUGAAAUCAUGAAAACUGAAAAACUUCUUAGUGAAAACAAUGAUGCAUAACAAUAAACAAAACUGAUAAUAACAGGAAAAUACAAAUUUGACUUACUGGAGUAAAAUGUAUGAGAAUUCAUCUUACUUCUCAAAUACAUUCAGUUAAGUUUAUAUAAAACUAGAAUAUUUUCUAAAGUGGAUACAUUCAGGACAAAUGAAAUUUCCCAUAAAGGAAUAUACACUAUGUGAGUUAUAGUGCUUACAAAAUAUAAUUCACUAAUGGAAUAUACAGUAAAAUUCAUCUGUAAAACAAUAAUUUCUGUGAUGGUCUCAAUAACUGAUAUGUUAUACUUCUACCACUGUAAAAUGAGCACUUUUACCCAAAACAUCUUGAUGUGCAGUGGGCAUAACAAAUUUGAAAUAUCUGAUGACAGAUACUCACUUUAAAAUGAGUGUAGUGUUUGUAUAUACAAGUAGAUCAGAUAUGGUCAAUAACAUAUGCAAAGAAUUGCAUUUAUAAAAAAAAUAAAUUUCCUAUUAACCUGCGCUAGCACCACUUAUAUUGCAGCAGUCUUGGCUAGGGAUGUGCGAGUUUCUAAACAAACCUAGUUUUGUAAAAAAAAGUUUUGUAAACCAAAUUUGCUCAAAAUUUAUUUUCAGCUGCUACAAAUUCGCAUCUCCUAAAACACGAUGAGAAUUAUGUACUCAAAAGUAUUAUGUAUGAUGUAGUUCAGA